UCCAUACAAAAACACAAGCAACAAUCAUUUCUGAGCUUGGUGGUUGUCGUCAGUGCAAAUAUUUAUGUGAAAUACUUUAUAUUUGUAAAUCAACUGAGUGUAUUAAAGAGCAUCAAAGGAGAAGGACAUUCAUUUAAAGAUGGAUCAGAUCAACUUUGUUGGGUGCAUGCUGUCGUUGGACUGUGGUGAAUCUCUUGGUACCAUCCAUGGUGUAGUAACAGACGUCAACAAAGACAAACAGACCAUUUCACUGAAGAAGACGUUUAGAAAUGGCGCCCAAUGUGAUGUCCAAGAAAUAACAAUCCUGGCUUCGGACAUCAGGGAUUUAACAAUAUUGAAAUCCCUUGACGAGGAAAACGACCCAACAGGAAUAACAUCCAAACCCAACACGGACUCGACCCAAAGAAAUGGCACAAAUGGCAUCAGCUAUAACAGUAUCCCAAACAAUACUAAACAAAACAAACCACAAACUAACGGAGGCGGACAAAGAACGCCCAAGAAACAAGAGCGUCAACAAGGGAAUUCAAACAGCCGGACACCCACCAAGAGAGAGGACAUCCCAAAUCAUAGCAGCUCAGGUAAUAAGUCAGCAAUAUACUCGGGCAGUCAUCACUCAGCAUUUCAGAGAGUCCAGAAGGAUGAGGUCAGAGAUCAAGGGUCAGAAGAAGAACGAGAGGUUAACGAGGACAAAGGAAGGAGACAAAGAUACCAUUCAGGCAAUUUUGAGCCCAACCAGAAAGUCAGAUCCUCUCCCCGCAAAGUGGAAGGCAGUCAGAAGCAGCGACGAGGUGCUGGAGUCAACGCAAGAAACGCAGAGUGCUUUAGUGCUCCUGUUGAGUCAUACCUCUCCCCAGACUUUGACUUUGACAAGAGCAUGAAGUCCUUCAACAAGGCUGCUAUUUUUGAAGAAUUUGCCUCGACGAUGUCUAGCGGUGAUGGCAAGAGGAAGUCUAAGAAUAUCCCCCAUGAUGAGGACAUCAUAUUAGAUAACAUUCCAACGUUUGUUCAUGAUAAGGGGCAUGGGCAAGUAAAGUGCUCUUCUUAUACCUCAGAGUCUGGUGUGGUUGUUCCCGCUGUGACUGUGGAUGUGGUCCAGAGGUUAUUCCAAGCAGCUGAGAAGCUUGGCUUGACUACCGAGAGGAGACUGGAGGCAGGAGGUGUUUGCAUUGCUAGGAUGGCUCUGCAUCUCAUCGGUGGCAAAACAAGCCCACCGUCUAUUUUAGUGGUUUGCGGUCCACACCUCCAGGGUGCUCAGGGUAUCAACUGCGCCCGCCACUUGGCCAAUCACAACGCCAACGUCAGUCUUUUCAUUCCUAACUUUGCCAAGAUGCCUGACGUGCUGAUGACAGAGCUCCGUUUAUUCAAAGAGACUGGUGGAUUCCACGUCACAAGUAUUAAAGAUUUACCGGAAGCACCUCAUGAUGUGAUCAUUAACGCCUUGGACAGCUCUAACGACACCUUGUUAUCAAAGCAACCAUGGCACAGGAGCAUCGUCAGCUGGGUGGACAACAACAAGGCGUCAGUGUUGUCCAUCGACCCAACCCUAGACCACAGUGUCAGGAGUAAGUGGUCAGUGAUCACAGCGCUACCUCUGUCGUACAAUAACACCAACACUGGUAUGCUGUAUCUCUGCGAUGUUGGAAUCCCAAGUAAAGUGUUCAGCAUGGUCGGAGUUGACUACGUUACUCCCUUCAGAAAUAAGUUUGUGGUUCUCCUCCACAAUCGUUAGAUGUGGUCAAUUUAAAUUCAGCAAUCAUGUCAAAAGAUCAUUCAUCGAACUUGAAAGCGUUCACCGGAUAAAAUCAGGGCCCAUUAUCAUACCAAGUGCAUGACAAAAAAAAGGAACCGAGUAAAAACAAGUGGUUUCCAGUUAUAGAUGUUGGACAAUACAUGGUUUCUUGGCUGGUAACCUUGGCCUAUUUUUAUGGCCCUAAUUACCACAGAUUUAUGAGCUUUUGCAACCCCCCCACCCCACCCAAAAAGUGACAUACAUAUUGUUGGUUUUACUUCAAACAAAUAAUGUCACAAAAUAUUGUUUUACAGUGUAUUGUUAAAGAUGACAUGGUUUUUAAAUGUUUGCCAUUUGUCAUAAUAUUAUUAAAAUAUGGGUUCAAAAAAGAUAAAUUUACUGAGCUAUCUAGGCAGUCUCCCUAUUUUGUCAAUGUCUUUGUUCAGGGAUUUAGGAAAUAGGAAAACUGCCAUAUUCAAUGUGAGAUUGCUCCAGAGGUAUGCAAUUUCAAGUACCACUUUAGUCAAUUUGUAUUUUUUCAACCCAAAAUGAUUUACCCGGUCAGUUUCUCUUACAUUUUAUUUAUUAGAAUGAUUGACACCGGCUUUAAGAAGCAGCUUGUGAAUAUAGAUUAUAAGUAUUUUCUUUUGCUUGACAGUCCAUGCAUCAAGUAUGAUGCAGUUUGUGAAUUACUGACAAUUCUAUGUGAAGACAGCGAACUAUUUUUCGUUAAAUGUCUACAAAUGUAUCUUUUAGGCUGGUAUAUAAAAUUAGGACUUAGGGAGCUUUGGGUCAUUUGUAAAAGUGAAAAAGCCAUGGCCGCAUACAUAAGCAGUGUUGUGGAUAGUUGCCUUAAUAUGGAUUUUGCGUUACUUGUGAACCAGCUUUAAGUGUAGGAAAGACUCUAAAUUCUUGUUUCCAUCUUGUUUUUUGUUUUUUCUUCUUAGAAAAUGCUUCUAAGUUGUACAAUGAAUGACUGCUGUUUAAUAGUCACAAAAGUUAUUGUCUGAGUUGGCACAGAAAGAACAAGUGCUCUGUACGCUAGUGGUGUACAUGUACAAAAGCCUCCAAGUGACGGUGGAAAGUGGCAAUAUAUUUGUACAGUGUUCCUGUUUGAACCUUAUACCUGUUCAGAGAGUAACAUUCCUCUAACUAUUGCUGUUUGGUGAAUUGUAAGCUACAACUCAUUUACAAUGUACAUCUUUUGGUUUCUUUAAAGGAAAGAAGAAGCACUUCUUAGGACAUUGUCACACCAAAAAGUUGUCUAGGAAUUUAUGAAUGAAAGUUUUUGUAUGUCAUUAUGGAAGUUGAAAAUUGUAUUAGCAGGCCUGAUGCUUCGAUUUUGAAAAGGGAAGGGCACCUUCUUCUCAUUGGUAAUGCAGAGAAAAAAAAACAUAUUUGAACAUUUCAAGGGGCACCCAAGGCAAAGGCUAUGGACAGUAUGAGCAAUUGCCUCUGUUGCCCUUUGUGAAGUAUCUGGCCUGUAUUCAUGACCUUAUUUCUCAAAUCCAAAUCCGAGUUCUCGAUUUGGAAUCUGAGUCUUCAGUCUGAGUCACAAAAGUGUGUCUGGAGUUGGACUUGAGUCCGGGUUAUGAGUCGUACAACUCUGGGAAUUUCUACAUAUUAUUUGUGUUUCUUGAAAAAGAACAAAAAGUUAAAAAGAAAAAGAACAUCCAGUUUUACCUCAGUUUUAUAAAGAUAGUUAAGUUAAAAUAUAAAGAGAAGAUAUUUUUUAACAUGGAAAUACUUUCUGGUUUGGUACUUUUGGUUACAUAAAUGACAUGUAUGGUUUUGAUAAACAUUAAGUAUUUUAUAAGAACAAAUGUGAAGGUUGUUUUCACUUUAUAAAGUAAAUUAUCCUGUUCUUUUAGCGAACAUUUUAAAAUAACCUUUGUGUUUGAACUAAAAACUUUUGUACUGAUCAUUGAUGGUGGUACAUCAGUAUAUUUCGAAAAAGUACAGUAACUCUUUUCUAUUAAUAUUUCCCCCUCAUAAGCUUUGAAUCACAAGGAUACAUAAUAAUAAUAAUAAUAAUAAUAAUAAUAAUAAUAAUAAUAAUAACCUGUUUUUAUAUAGCA